AUGGAAGACCAAUCUUAGAUGCUCCAUAAUAAUAUAAUGAUAAGAUAGUUAAUGAAUCUCACAAAGAGGGCUACCUUAGAAUUCACAAGAGACAGAAAGAGCAUGUCUGUUUUGGCUAGUUCAUAAAAUGAAAAAGGAAAUGUCUUGUUCAUCAAAGGAGCACCAGAUUAUUUGUUAGAGAAAUCUACCAUGAUUCUAAACUCAGACGGAGUAGCUGUUCCAUUGAAAGCUUAAGACAAGAAUUAACUCUUAACAAUAGUCAAGAAUCUAGCAGAAAAGGGAUUAAGAACAUUGGCCAUCUGUGUAUAAGAAGAAUGUGGUUAAUUGAGUGAUUACGAUGGACCUAAACAUCCAGCUCAUAGUUAAUUGGUUGAUACAAAUAACUAUAAGGAUUUGGAAAACAAACCAAUCAUUAUUGGUGUUGUUGCCUUAUAAGAUCCACCAAGACCAGAAGUCAAGAGAUCCAUUGAAAAAUGCAGAGAAGCUGGUAUUUCAGUCAUCAUGAUUACUGGUGAUAUCAAAGAAACAGCAUAAUCUAUUGCUAUGUAAAUUGGUAUCCUCCACAAUUAAUCCCAAUUCCCAACUCACUCAUUUACAGGAAUGGAAUUUUCAACUAUGGGAGAAGAAAAACAAAAGAAGGUGCUUGAAUAAGUCAUUGGAAGACCAAGUGGAUUAGUUUUCUCAAGAACAGAUCCAUCACACAAAAGAGAAUUAGUCAAAUUAUUAACUGGUUAAUUGAAUCAAAUUGCUGCUAUGACUGGUGAUGGUGUCAAUGAUGCACCUGCCUUAAAAUAAGCUAGUAUUGGUAUUGCUAUGGGUAUCUCUGGUACUGAAGUCGCUAAAGAAGCAUCAGAUAUGAUUUUAGCAGAUGAUAACUUUGCCACCAUCGUCAGAGCUGUUGAAGAAGGAAGAGCUAUCUAUCAAAAUAUGAAAGGAUUUAUUAGAUACAUGAUUUCAUCAAACAUUGGAGAAGUCGUCUCUAUUUUCACAUCUUCAGCCUUAGGUAUUCCUGAUGGAUUCAAUUCAAUCUAAUUAUUAUGGGUCAAUUUAGUCACUGAUGGACUCCCUGCUACUGCUUUGUCAUUCAACCCACCUGAUCCUGAUGUCAUGUAAAAACCACCAAGAAAACACGAUGAACCAAUUAUCACUGAAUACGUAUUUGUUAGAUACUGUGUUGUUGGAACUUAUGUUGGUUUGGCCACAGUCUUCGUUUUCAUAUACUAUUAUUUGGGAUAUGAAUGGGCUGGCGAUGGACAUCCAGUUGUCACAUUCCAUCAAUUGAGAAAUUGGGCUGAAUGCCAUCAUUGGGAAGGAUUCAAGGUUGCCAACUUUGACAAAUAUGAUUUCUCUAAGGAUCCAUGCUUGUAUUUCUCUUGGGGUAAGUAAAAGGCUUCAACUCUAAGUCUUUCUGUUCUUGUCGUUAUCGAGAUGUUCAAUGCCUUGAAUGCUUUAUCUGAAGAUGGAUCAUUGUUGAAAGUUGGAGUUUUUGCCAAUCCAUAUUUGAUAUUGGCUAUAUUUGGAUCAAUGACUCUCCAUUGCAUGAUCUGCUAUGUUCCAUUAUUUGAGAACAUCUUUAACACUGUGCCAUUAUCCCUUUAAGAUUGGAUUUUAAUCAUUGGAGUUUCUGCACCUGUUGUUUUAGUUGAUGAGGUUCUUAAAUUCUUCUCUAGAAUUAGAAAUGCCAAGUUGUUGGAGGAGAGAAAGAAAAUCUAAUGAGAAAAUCAUAUUAAAAAUACAAAAUAAUUUAACAUUUAAAUUGUCUA